UUCCCGACAUUUAAACGCACACGAUUUCCAAAGAAUGUCCGGUCAAAUUUACCCUAAACUCCUUAUUUAUUAAAAUAGAAAUCCAUCCCUAAGUUCCUGGUGUUCAGUUUUAUUGAAAAUAGAUCAAUUACUUUCGGUAUUAUUCUAAAAAAACGGUUUUUUCUCUCGUCUUUUUUUUAUUUGAUUUCCCCUUCCACCAGCACACAGUGUUCACUUGUGUUUGUAAAGUGGCUUCCUUCACGCAUCUUGUGGUGCGUUUUCCCCGAAAAAGAAAAUGGCUCCCAGCUGUCAUUUAGUGCUUAAGUGGAACUUAUAAAAAGCCAGUUUUUAUGAAAUAAACGCACAUUACUUGAUUCAAGUAACUCAGUGCAAUUAAGUAACAUGACAGUGAUUGUAAAAAACAACUUUCUCGGAAGAAAUAAUUGAAUUUCAAAUACAAAAGAGUGUGCCAUGAUUAAAUGAAUUCAAUUCUAUGUUUACAAUUAUUCUUCAUGUAAUGUGUAAAAAGUGCUUUUCAAGACGUGUAAAGUAUUUUUUGUUAAAUUUGCAUUUUUCAACAAAUACGUAAAUUCGUCUUGAUCAAUAAUAGUUGUAUUCGACGACGUGAGGCACCCCUCUUUUUCUCUCCUAGUCCUUCCCCUCUUUUAUAUAUCAUCAACGCAAGUCAGUCUUCUGGUGAAAAUUUCUCCAAAUAUAAAACAGUCAUGGGUUCCAGUCAGCAAUUUUCCUUGAGGUGGAACAACUACUUGAAGCACAUUACUUGUGCUUUCGACACUUUGAGAACCGACGAAGACCUCGUCGAUGUAACACUCAGCUGUGAAGGAAAGAGAAUCAGAGCCCACAAAAUGCUUCUUUCCGCUUGCAGUACAUAUUUUAGGGACUUAUUUAAGGAAAAUCCAUGUCAACACCCAGUCGUUAUAUUCCGAAAUGUUAAGUUUGAUGACCUAGCGGCAUUAGUUGACUUCAUGUACCAAGGUGAGGUCAAUGUGGUUCAGGAACAGUUGGCCAGUUUUUUGACGACAGCUGAACUUUUGGCAGUUCAAGGUCUUACAGAUGGCAGCGGGAAAGAUAACGACAGUUUAGUCGAGGACGACAUAGAAAUUCCCAACGAGCCAGAAGUACAACUACAAAAUGCUUCGGGUAGGAUAACGACAAAUAACAAAGGAAGCAAAUCGCCAACGUCACCAGUGGAACUCCAAUCGGAGCCACCGCCAACGAAGAAGAGAAAAUGUCGUGAAAAUUCAAAUGCAAAUGCUGAGAAAGGAGGAUCGAAUGCGAAGAAUUCGGAGAAGGCCGACAGUCAAAAAGGUGGCUCGGAACCUGUCGAAAUAAUACCCCUCAUGCCAAAUCUUAAACUCGAGAUGCCAGAAUAUUUAGAGCAGGAUGGCAGUAGUUGUAGUUACGACGAUCAGAGUGCCGGUGAUUCGAAUAAAUUGGGUAUCGAUGAUAAUCCAUCCGAUAAUCCAGAUCACGAUCAGAAGCCGGACAUUAGUCAAACAUUUUAUUCAAAUCAGUCCACGUCUGACAGUCUCGACGGCAAACAGGCGGAUUUAGGACAUUUGCUUUCAAAGCCAAGCACGUCAGGAGAGAGAUUAGCACAAGAAUCAGCACAAGAUUGUCGUACAGUGACCAUCGAACAACCAUCGCACUCAUGCAAACUCUGCGGUAAAUCAUUUUGGAAUCGAGACUCAAUGUACAAGCAUAUGAAUAUGCAUAAGGGCACAACACAGUGUCCUGUUUGCCACAAAGUUUUGAGCCGCACAACACACAUGAAGCGACAUUUAAAAAAUCGACACGGCUGGUUGGGAUUCGGAUCAUUGGCUGAUGCGGCACGAAUCUCAAAUCCCCUCUCGAUUUCCACGCGAAUUGGACAUCAAAACCAAAAUACAAAUGCCAAUGCAAAUACCAAUGCAAAUGCAACAACAAGUAAUAUUGAAACGAGUUCUUCAACGUUCACGACAAUUCGAAUUCGUGAGAGCAGCGUCGAAAGAAUCACUUCUAGUCCUAUUCCUUAGUGUGAGAAAAAAAAAGAAGAGAAACCAAAAAAAAAUGAAAUCCUUAUUAAUGGAUUAUUAUUUUAUUGACGCCUGUCUUAAAUUUCACUAACUAGUCAUUUCUAUAUAUACACUAUUAUAAGUGUGAUUUUUUUUUUAUUCACACUCUAACACAAGCACCAAUAUUCUACCUCCAGGAUCUUAUUACAAAAACAAAUCCAUUUUCUAUUCCUCCUGUAAAACCUUUUCUUUUCGUCCCUCGUUAAACAUUUUCUUCUUCUCAAUAAUGCUGUUAUUUUCCGAAUGUUUGCAAGUUCUCGAAAUGAUGGAAAUCAAACGAAAAAGUUCCGCAGAAGUGUCAGGCCGAUAGAAAGAGUCAGAGUGAACCUAACGUCCCCCCGAGGCGCGCAUGCGUCGAGAAACAAGAGGGGACGUUAAACUACUGAUUCUUCCUAUCGACCUGAUGCCGUUUCGGAAAUAGAAUCAGAAACAGAAAUAAAAAAAAAGUAAAAGAAUUAAAAACAGGAAAGAAAGUGUCAGCAUUGUUGAAGAGAAAUGUUUCCUUUUUUUUUUACUGAAAAUUCGUUUUCUCUUUUUUUAAAUAUGUAAACCAAAGAUAACUGGAAAAUCACUUUAUCUAGUCAAAUGAUUUCAGUACUUAAUAGACUAAGGAGGAAUGUGCAUUUUUUGUAAUUCGAGUCAAAUAAGAAAGAUUAAUCUUAAAUCGUGCAUGGUAGAUAAUCCAAUUAAGAUAUCUAUUGGUUUAGACUAUUAAUUGACUAGUCUAAUGAUGAAACUAGGUUUUUUUUUAAAAAUCUACGUUACUAUUUUUCGGAGUCGAUUUCAAGGUCGACUUGAUUUUUCUCUUGUUAGUGCGUACAGUCUCGUAAUUGCAAGAUAAAAAAAAACUGCUAUUUUGUCACUGCAACUUUGUGCCAUCGACUUUUUUCACUUUUUUAUAGAAUUUUAUCCCUCGUUUUUCCCUUUUUAAACGAAAUAAAGUGGUGAUUUAAUUUCUCCACCUGAGAACGCCAAGGUCGCCACCAGAUGGCAGAGGAAAUUCCAAGAAAACACUCAAGUGCCAUCUAGCGGUGACCUUGACGUUCUCAGGUGGAGAAAUUGAGCCUCUUAUCCCUCAACUAUAGUUUAAUAAUUAAAAUUAUUAACAAUAAAUAAUGAUAAAAACUAAAAUUAAAAGAAGAAUGAUAAAAAUAGAAAUUAAAAGAAUAAUAACGAAAAUUAAAAAAAUAGAAACAAAAAUUAAAAAUAUAAAAACAAAAAAUAAAAAAGCAAUAAAAACAAAAAUUAAAAAGAUUAUUAAUUUGUAAAAAUUUUUAUAUUUUACAUAGUAGAAUAUUUUCACGUUUCUUGUCAUUACGAUUCUCGACUGCAUAACAAAUGGAAAAUAGAAAAUCCAAAGAAAUUGAGAUUAAUUCUCAAAAAAAAAAAUAACAUUUAAAGCAAAAUUCCUAUUAUCGGCAUUAUGAUAAUGUCGCAUCCAAAGAAUACAGAAAAAAAAAUUUUUAUUCUAUUAACUUUUUAAGAUAGGCAAAAAUGAUUAUAUAUAAAAAAACAUUUAUAAAAACUUGUUAUAAUGCAAUAAUAUAUUGAUUUCCAAAAUGAAAUCAAAAUGAAAAAACUUCGCCCAAAUAAUUUCGAUUGUAGACAAAAAAAAAAAUUUUCUUCGUUUUUUUUAUUUUUAUUUUGUAUAAGAUAUUAGAAUUUUAGGGGAAAAAAAUUUUUUAAGUACUUUUUCUUGUUUAUAGCCUGAAAGAAGAGAAUUUAAGAAAAAUUUACGAACUUAAAAAGAAAAUUACGAACUUAAAAUUAAAUUUAUGAACUUAAAACCAAAUUUACGAAUUUAAAACCAAAUCAUUACGAAUUUAAAAUCAAAUUAUUACGAACUUAAAACCAAAUUAUUACGAACUUAAGAAAACCAAAUUUUACGAACUUAAAAACCAAAUUAUUACGAACUUAAAACCAAAUUAUUACGAACUUU